AUAUUUUUGCUGGGAGGAUGAGAAUUACUUUUCAUUUUUGUGUAAACAUUCUCUUCAAUCUUGAUGUGAAUCAAGAAUGAAGGAUUAAAAAGGUAAAGAGCAUGUAUUUGAUUGGGGGGGUGGUUGGAUUGCAAUUGAAAAAGUUGCACCCUCUUUCUCUGCUUCUCCAAAUGCAUUGGAUUUCUAGUUUAAUGGACUUUGAUUUUGAAAUGACAACGCCAUCGAAAGAUACAUUAAAACAAACUUUAACUACUUCAAUCAAAAAGAAGAAUAUCAAGAAAAACAGAUUUCCAAGGAAAAGAUUUGUGGAAGGAAGAAAGUUUCUACCGACUCACAAGCAUGUUUUUCUGUAGAGAGGAUGCUCUUCUUUUCUCCUUAGUUUGAUGAAACAAAAAUUUAUAAGAUCUCGUCAUCUCUGUGGUUGAUUUUUUAUUGCUUCUAAUUUGAUAAUGGCACAUAUAUAUAUAUAUAUAUAUAUAUAUAAAAUAAAAAAUAGUGCCUAUU